ACAUUACGGCGCACUGCAGCUUUGGCUCAGAACGAGCAGAUGGCUUUCGCCCUUUAGCAGCAGCAGCACGAUGUCUGGAGCGACGUCGACGUCGACUCCGAUGCCGAUGCAAAUGCCGAUGAAACAGGGCACCGACGCGAUGCUAUGCGGAAUUGGCCGACUGCUCGUCUCGGGCGCAUUGGUGUGAAUUUGGUCUUCGGGGUUUAUGAAUUACUCUGUUAUACGAGCAGCAGCUUUAUGCGAAGAAGCUAGAACUGCCUCGAGCGUGGCGACGGCAUGACCGUGGCGUUGCUUUGCUAUGUCGGUUGAAGCGUGCCUGUGGCCCCUGUGCUUCUCAACUGGAUUUUGAAACAUGUGUGGCUCCAUGUUUGGUGAUGGUCGGCGGCUGAGCGAGGACCGUGGGCGUUUGGAGGAGAGACGGUGUACAUGACUUUUCCGUAGGGAUAGCCUCUGGAGGGUCAUGGAUCUCUAGGUUCUUGCACCUCGAGUGUAGCAAGCGGCUGCGGGUGGGUCCGAUGAGGCGUGAUUUGCCAUGACAUGUGCCUUGCCACAUCUUUUUCCUUUAGGUGCAUUGGAAUGAGGAAGGAAGGCGAGACCGGUUCUUCUGUUUGUCGGAUUGAGUACAACAGAAAUCUUCUUGAGCUUCAUCACAGAUGGAGAUCGCAAUGCAAAUAGGCUGGAUAGCAUUUCCAGCUCAGAAUUUUUGAUGUUACCAACUUACAGAGGAUGAAACUUGAACUUACGAAGCAACAAUGGGGAUAUCCGGAUUGCUUCCGACUCUCAAGUCAAUUAUUACACCAAUUCAUGUCCGAGAAUAUGCAGGGCUGAAGGUUGCUAUUGAUACUUACUCCUGGUUGCACAAGGCUGCAUUUUCCUGCAGCAAAGAUCUGUGUGAAGGUCGCCCAACUGAUAAGAUCGUUCAAUACUGCAUGCAUAGAGUGAAUCUGCUACGCCACCAUGGUGUACAACCCGUACUUGUGUUUGAUGGCGGAGUACUUCCUAUGAAAAUGGACCAAGAACAAAUCCGUGCAAGAUCAAGAAAGGAGAACCUGCAACGUGCACAAGAACAUGAGCGGUCUGGAAAUCAUACAGCUGCGUUUCAAUGCUACCAAAAAGCCGUUGAUAUCACACCUGUCAUAGCAUUAAGUCUUAUUAAGGUCUUACAGCAGGAAGGUGUCGAAUACAUUGUUGCACCGUAUGAAGCUGAUGCGCAGAUGGCAUAUCUUGCUUUAAAUGACCUCGUUCAAGUUGUCAUCACUGAAGAUUCGGACCUUAUUGCCUAUGGAUGCCCACGGGUUUUAUUCAAGAUGGACAAAUCUGGCCACGGAGAAGAGUUUCAGUACAGUGACCUUGUUCGUAAUAAGGACUUAAACUUUACGAACUUUACAAAGCAGAUGGUUUUGGAGAUGUGCAUCAUGAGUGGAUGUGACUAUCUUCCAUCAUUGCCUGGAAUGGGAGUCAAACGAGCCCAUGGGUUGAUGCGGAGGUUCAAAUCCUAUGAGAAGGUUAUUCGACACCUGAGAUUUAGUGGAAUCACUAUUCCCUCAGAUUACGAAGAACUUUUUGGAAGAGCCAUCUUGACGUUUCGUCAUCAACGAGUUUAUGAUCCCAUUUCCGAGGAGAUGGUUCAUCUCACAAAUGUUUCUUCAGUUGACGAAUUCUCUGACCUGGACUAUUUAGGCCCAUAUUUGCCUCAGACAUUGAUGAAGGCCAUUGCAGUGGGUAAAGUUGAUCCCUGUACGAAGCUUCCUUUCCAGGAAGAUAUCGAGCACACGGGUGUGCAACGUUCUACCUACAAAAGCUUUGCUUUGCAGAGAAAUAACAAAAAGUCUCCAGAGUUACUGGUGCAAAAGAACGUUAUGACGAAUUACUUCUUCUCUCCCUCCAAGGAAGCCAAGAAACAAUUCAAGGCCCCCAGAAGUGCUCCUGAAGUUGAAAUGGGAACUGGCGAGAAACACUAUGUGGAAACUUCUACAUCUGAGAAAGAGGAGUUCUUUAGAUCUUUGAAGGCAGACUUUUCAUAUCCAGAUCUUUCCACAGUGUUCGGCUCCCCACUCCCUGACGAGGAUAGCGAUGAUGAGGUUGGCCGCGAUCUAGGGUCUACUCACCAACUUUAUGGUGAAUCGGCCAUACUAGAGCAUCGAAACAAAGCAGAUGAAACCCUGGGUGCUUCGAAAGAUGUACCAUCUACUGAGUUGAAGGCCGUCAUUGGAAUUCGUGGACAAAAUGAUAGCCUGGCUCGUGUUGCUAGAAACGCUGAAGGCGCCAUUGAGUGUGCUCCUAACCAGCAUAAGUCUGGAUUACCAGCGAGUGCUGGAGAAAGACCAUCUGUGAAGGAGAGGACACAUAUUGUUGCCCCUCAGUUGAAAGUGAGUGGAUAUUUCUCAAACAAAAGAAUGGUGCAGAGUAGCGUAGUCAGGCGGGAUACAGAGGAAUAUGCAACGGAUAGAAGUGAGGUGUCUGAAGAGGAUGCUGAUGGCUGCUGUGAGAAAGUUAUGAAGAAGAGCAGGAUCGCUUUAUGUGAGAUUGUCAGAGACAAAGUGGAGAAAAGCUCAUUACUUUCCAGUAGUCGGUGUCAAGAUGGUUCUGAGUUGGCUCAUGCGAGAAGCGAAUCGUGGAAUCCAAUCUCACGAGAAGAGGAGCAAAAGCAAGCGUCUCCCUUCAGCAGAUUUGCACAUGAAGGUGUCAGCUCUAAGGUGGAAGGUUUUGCCUCCAACGUUGCCCAUGUGGGCCAUUAUGCACGCAUAGCAGAGAAGUCAAUGGAAAGGUUUGUGAAGUCCAUAGCUACUUCUCGGUGCUCUCUCAAGGGUACGAGAGUUAGUGGGCUUCGUGCGCCCUCGAAAGUUGUACCAGUCUCGCAAGACUUAAAAAGAAGGACGACUAAAGGUCUUGAGGCUGUGGAGGCGACGUUGAACCAGUUCUCUUAUAACUUAUCAAGCUUUAAACCUCCUCGACUGGGUCAGAGCCGAUGGCCCCCUAAACUAGUGACAAGUCAUGAUGUCAGAAGACAAGAUCCUGUCUGCCCGGACUGCCCAUGAGGUCAUUGUGAGCUGGAGGUAUUUCGGUGUAACUGUGCAUGGGGCUCGCCCCUCUCCUGCACAUUGCAGGCUUUUGAUCUCGGAUCGAUGGCGUAGAAUCACUGAUUGUGAAUAUUCCUCGCUGUGCGCUUCACUCCGAGACCAUCAAAGAAUGAUUUUGAGAGUAUACGAAAAAUCUGUCUCGUCCCGUCUCGUCUCAGCUCUUCGUCGUGCGUCGUGCUCCGUGCGCUAUGCACCUCGGCACUCCACGCCGCCCCGCCCCCUUUCCCCCCACGCCCCCAACCCAACUCAGUUAUCGAGCAGCUGCUGCAGCAAACACGACAAGUCGGUGCUCGUUCUGCAUGGCUUCGGGCUCGGAAAGCAAGCGGGUGGACGGGCGCAGAGUGGCAUCGGCUGCUCUGACCUCCAACUUCCCCAGCAGCGCUCUUCGUAGUCCGCUGGGGACCAUGGGACUUGGCGAUUCGCAGCAAAUUCUCGCUCGUCAGCACGUGAUGCCACGCGAGCGAUCGAGGGAGGCAGGACUUACAGUCGAGCUCGCAAGCCCACAGGUUCCGAUCCGAGGACGAACAGACGAACAGACGGACGGACGGACGGACGGACGGUCGGGCGACAACGGAAGCGUCGAUCCGGCGGAGAGCCGGAAAGUGCAGGGAGAGGUGGUUCGGUGGUGGGGGAGGGCUGCGCUGCCCUCUGCACCGGAACUUUCCUCGGCUUAUCCACUCGCGUCGAGCGGUAGCUAGUCAGCGAGCCUAGCGCGAGACGAGGGUAGCGUAGCAGCAGCCGAUUGACAGAAUGUAGAUCUACACACAGUCAGAGCAGUUAUCUGGACAUACCUGGGUAUCUUCUGGUGCUAGUGCGGGGGUUUGUUCUCUGCGGAACUGGGCGAGGCCGUGGGACGAUCCAGAGUCCCGACUGCGUCAAUCAUCAGCGGGGCCAAUCAUCAGCCGGGCCCGUGGGGCCCGUUUUCCGGUUUCAAAGCUGAGUCGGAAGGUAUCGAAGAUGCCCGCCGGGCGCAUCGAGUUCGAGUGCAUGCUAAUCUUUGACUCCCGUAGUCCCGGCCCUGGGCUGGCUGUGCUGGGUCUUAGCCGAUUCCCUGCCACUUAAAAGGUGCACGCUAAUCCUGAACAAUUUCCUCUGCGUUCCUUUGAUGCUGCUGGGUGCAUAAUAGCCAUACAUCAUACGAUCAUCCUAGUUUCAAACACAUUAUUUCUGACAGUUGGAAUUGAGUUCUCCACAUAUCAAGGAACAAAGAGGAAGCGGAGCGGAAAAUUGUAGCUCAGGUGGAUAGAUUUUCUCUCGGAGGCGUGAUAAUCUGCCCAAAAAGCCUGAAUCCGUGCCGUUGAGCCUUCUCAUCUAGGGAAUAUCUUGCACUUUCGGCCCAGAGCUUUUCAUUUUGACAGAACCUUUCAUGAUUGACGAAUGUGGUGUUCAUUUCGCGAAUUCUGUUAGUCUUUUUUUCUACAUGAUGUAGGAUGGAUACGUGUCUCAACCUUCUACUCAAACUGCAUCUGUCAAUCCGUUAGAACACCUGAGCUCAGUAGCAGGGGCCGGCAAGUUGGAUCCAUGCAGCAGAAUAGAUAAACUGGACUCGAUUGUCUUCUAUCAUCUGCUAAUAUCUGUGAGUCGAGUAGCCGGUGAGGUGAAUCACUUUAAUGGCACUACGUAGGCAGGAACAAUAGAUU